UAGAGUAWAACGCCAUUUUGUGUGAAUGGUUGUUUUCGUCUUGGUAAAAACUUCUCGCGAAAAGGGAAGAAAAAAGGAGACUUUUCCGUCAAAUUAUUCCACUAUGACUGACAUUAAAGCUUUGGAAUACUCCACACUUAAAGUUCCUUAUGAGAUUUURAACAAAAGGUUCCGCACAGCUCAAAAAGUCAUAGAUAGAGAGGUAUCUUAUGUCGUCAAUGCCACCAAUGAACUCACAAGUACUCUUGGUAAACACCCUGUGAAGGCUAAUGAAAUAGCUGGGAUGCUAGAUGGAGUUGUUCAAAAAAUACAAGCAUUGAAAAGAAAGUCUGAAGAAUGCCUGAACCAAGAAGAGGGCUCUGUCAAGCACUGCAAGACUCGUCUGGACCACAUCAAAGAACAUGCUGAUGAAAGAAAGAGUUCUGUACUUGUAUGGAAGAAGAAGAGACUGGACAGAAUGCUUGUGGAUCAUUGUUUGAGGCAGGGCUUUUAUGAAACAGCAAAGAAACUUGCUGCAGAAGCAGACAUUGAGGAACUAGUUGAUAUUGAUCUUUUUACCACGUCAAGACAAGUAGAGGAAGCCUUGUUCAAAGGGGAGUCUGGUCCUUGUUUAAGUUGGUGCUAUGAAAACAAGUCAAAACUAAGAAAACUUAAGAGCACCUUGGAGUUCAAUGUCCGUAUGCAAGAAUUCAUUGAGCUUGUUCGACGAGAUGAAAGAAUAGAAGCUAUCAAGUACGCCAGGAAACACUUUGCAAAUGCCGAUCAAGUAAUGACAAAAGAAAUCCAAAGAGCGAUGGCACUACUGGCAUUCAAACCCCAAAUGGCUUGUUCUCCGUAUAAGGAGUUAUUUGAUCCUUCUCGAUGGAACAAACUGGUUGAACAGUUCAGAAAAGAAAAUUUCCAGCUGCAUCAGUUGAAUGAUCAGUCAGUCUUAUCUUUGACUUUACAAGCAGGAUUAUCAGCACUAAAGACACCACACUGUUAUCAAGAAGGUCAUAAAAUAGCAGAAUGUCCAGUUUGUAGCCACCCUUUGAAUAUUCUAGGAGAUCCUCUGCCAUUUGCCCACUGUGCUCAGUCAAGACUUGUUUGUCCCAUCUCUGGACAAAUAAUGAAUGAAAAUAACCCACCCAUGGUUCUUCCUAAUGGAUUUGUCUAUGGAGAACGGGCCCUUCACAUCAUGUCCCAGGAAAAGCAAGGCAAAGUGACAUGUCCAAGGACAAAAGAUGAUUUCCAUUUAGACCAAGCUAUGAAAGUCUAUGUUAUGUAGCAUUUGUUUCAUAACUGUUUUUGUCCUUAAUUUUURUUAAUAUUUUGUUAAUAGUUUGUUAAUAUUUUUGUUAUGUUAGUUUAACCUUACAUUCUCCGAUYGGCAGUGUAUUGCCUGAUUUCCACCCCCUUCCCAUGACUGUUGUCUCAAUCAGUGUGUAACAAUGAAAAUAAUGGUAAUGUUAUACUAUUACAAAAUAUGUAUAUAGAUUUAUUCUACCUGUUAUUAGUAAACAUUGUUUAAUAGUGCAGUAUAUGGUUGGUUAGGCUAUUAAAGGUGCCUUAG